AUGGUUCGAGACACAAAAGACAAGGUGGACAAGGGCAAGACGGAUUUGUUUGUGCGGUCCAUCCCUCUGGAGGUGACGAACGAGGAGCUGGCGGACUUUUUCUCACAGGACUUCCCCGUGAAGCAUGCCGUGGUGGUGACCAAUGCUGCGACCAAGGAGUCCAAGGGGUUCGGGUUUGUGUCUUUCACGACCGAGGAGGAUGCUGCGGAGGCGCUGCUCAAGUGCCGAAAGCAGAAGCUCAAGGGCAAGAUUCUUCAGAUCGAGUUUGCCAAGCCUCGAGAGCGAAAGACCAGAGAGGACCGGCCGUUUGAGAGCAGUGGAGACAACAAUACUUCUGUGGAGAAGCGAAAGCCGCGACUAAUUGUGCGAAACCUGCCGUGGUCGGUGCGGGAGCCCCAGGAUCUGAUCAAGGUGUUUUCCAAGUACGGCAAGGUGGUCGAUGCGUUUAUUCCCCGAGGAGCUGGAGGCAAGAUGAGUGGGUUUGGAUUUGUGACCAUGAGCAAAAAGCAGCAUGCUGACAAGGCUGUGGCCGAAAGCAAGGGUCUUGAGAUUGACGGGCGAACUGUUACCGUUGACUUUGCCAUUCAGAAGGACAAGUGGCUGAAACAUAAGGACGGUGAAGAGGUCGAGGACGAGGAGUAUGACGACGACGAGGACGAGGUCAAGGACGAGGUCAAGGACGAGGACGUGGAUACUGAGGUCAAGGAUGAGGUCAAGGAGGAAGAUCUCGAUCUGGAUGAGUCCAAUGCCGACGUUGCCGAGGGUGACGAUGAUGACGAAGACGAGAUUGAGGUGGAUGAGGAGGAGGAAGAGGAGGAGGAUGAUACUCCCAAGGUCAAGGCCCAAUCCAACUCCUCGACCGUUUUUGUGCGAAACAUUCCUUACGAUGCCACAGCAGAGUCUCUCAAGGAGCACUUUGAGAACUUUGGUGCUGUUCGAUACGCUCUUCCUGUCAUUGACAAGACCACGGGCCAGCCCCGAGGAACUGCCUUUGUUGCAUUCGAAUCAUCCGACGACUGCGACAAGUGUGUUGAGCGAGCUCCUGCUGCAGCCACCACUUCUCUGCUUGUUGCUGAUGAUACCGACCCUCGGUACGUGUUUGAGGGCCGAAUUCUGGCCGUCACUCAGGCCGUCCAGCGAGAAACCGCCAACAAGCUGUCUGAACACAAUUCGAAAAAGCGAGCCGAGGCUCUGGGUAAGCUGCCCAAGGAGAAAGAUCGACGAAACGUCUUCCUGAUCAACGAGGGUCGAAUCGGCGAGAACACUGCUCUGGGUAUGACUCUGCCCAAGGCCGACAUGGAGCUGCGACAAAAGUCAUACGACCAGCGAAAGAAACAGCUGAACGGCAACCCCAGUCUGCACGUGUCCCUGACUCGUCUGGCUCUGCGAAACCUGCCCCGAGCUCUCAACGCGAAGGGUCUUAAGGCUCUGGGUCGAAAGGCCGUGGUGCAAUUUGCCACUGAAGCCAAGGAGGGUGCUCGACAGCCUCUGUCCAAGGAGGAGGCUAUUCGGUCGACCAAGGCUCGAACCGAAGAGGCUGCCAAGUCCAAGCAUGGAGUGGUCCGACAGGCAAAGGUGAUUAUGGAGCAGAAGGAGAGCGGAGAGCUGGGCCGAUCUCGAGGAUAUGGUUUCCUGGAGUUCCGAGACCACAAGGCUGCUCUCAUGGCGCUGCGAUGGCUGAACGCUCACGAGGUGUCUACUGAGGAGGUUCUUGAGGGCUACGAGGAGAACGAGCGAAAACACGUUGAUCUUACUGGUUCUUCGCGACGUCACCUGGUGGCUGAGUUUGCAAUUGAGAACGCACAGGUUGUCAAGCGACGAAAGGAGACUAUGGCUCGAAUCAACAUGCAGAAGAAGCGACAUCGGGACGACGAGGGAGGAGCGGACGAGGGUUCUUCCGAACACAAGCGACCCCGACGAGAGGGAGACCGAAGAGACCGAGGAGACCGAAGAGACCGAGGAGAUCGAAAAGACCGAAAGGGUGACCGAAAGGGCAAGGGGGGAGACAAGAAGGAUGAGUCUCGACAGCCUGAAAAGGACAAGAACCUGGAGCUCGGAAAGCUCAUUGGACAGAAGCGAAUGCGAAAGAAGAAGGGAGGAAAGUAA